AUGGAGUAUCCCCAUCCGAUUGGAGACGCCGCCUGCAUACAUAGUCCCAUAGGUAGAAUGACAGAGCAGCCGUCGACACCUCCGGCUCUGGUGUUCGCCAAGGAGGACUGCGCAUGCAAGGAGACGCUGUUCAGUCUCAAGUACCUCCGCACACAUCGCGCCGGCAGUCUCAAGCUGAUUCGGUGCUUCCCGCACUGUUGUCCAUCACACUCGUUCGGGAACUUUUGCUCGACGUCGAUAGACUUGAAAGUGACCGGCGCGACGACCGAUAAUGUCGCGUACGUCCACUUCCAGCCCACGACGGACCGCAUCCUCGAGCCUAACGACAUCAUCGACGCAGCCAUCGUGGUCAACAACACCCGCUCCAUGGACAACCUCAAAGGCGAGUGGAUUCCGUCGCUGUACCACUACUACCACGAGACGCGCAACGAAACCAUCUACCACUUCAACCAGAAUAACACGUUUGGAUGGCAUUACGGGUGGGUCGGCACGUCCACGAAAGCCCACCGCACAUGUCCCCAUCGCCUCGUGGGCUACAUGUUCAGUUCAGUGAGUGGGCAUGCGAAACCCAUGCUGCGGGUUGUACAUGCGACAAUGUCCCCUGCCUUCAUCGUCAUGUCGUAUCGCAGAGCUUGUUACUUCUGCCAGAAGCACCGGGUACCUUCGUCUCUUCCGCUGGACGCUUCUCCCAUGUCCAGUGCAUGCGAAUGCGAAGGCGAGUUCAACAUCUCGACACACCAUCCCGCCCACACCCAACCUUAUCCGUCCAAGCAGCUCAAGCUGCCGUCUUCUUCUUCGUCGUCGUCUCCUCUUCCGCUGCCGCCGCCGACGGAAUCUCUCGAGCGGGACCUGCACGUGUUGUACGCGUUCAUGUCGGUUCCAUCCAUCAACUUCUUUGCCGCACACAUGCCGUCGCUCGAGUCGCGGGUGCUCAAGAGUCUGCUGCACCCUCUGGGGGUAUCCCUCGGUUUAAACACGUACCAGAAGCGCUUGCUGGGCUUCCCCGCGUUUCUCCGGCCGUCGUUCCCUGGCAAUAAGGACCGUCUCCACCACCAUUCCAACACAUUGGCGUCGCUGCAAUCGGUGGCGUUGGACCUCCUUUUGUCAUUGUUUACAUUUGAAUCCCUCAAACAGUCGGAGAUGGCCUUCGCCACCGCGACCCCCCACCUCCUGCACCGAGACAAGUUGCUCUCUGCCUACCAAUCAUGGCUAAGCAACUUGCACGCGAACUUAACCACGAGACUCUACCCGCUUAAUCUGACCAUUCCCGACCUGGUCGCGCAUAUUCAGGACGCCGCGGCGGUGGUGCCGCUUCUGCACCCCCUUUUGUCAUCGACUUCCCUUUUAACAGAGUACGACGACGGCUUUGACUACUUUGUCGCACAACUGCGGGAAGUGUACAUGGUAAGACAUUCCAAAUGGAUGAGAUUGUCAUGCACGAGAUGCCGUUAAGGACCGAUUUGAAUGCUAUCGCAGGCCCAACAAGACGCCCAUCGACACGUGGUUUCGGGAUAUUUCCCCGACUCAGACAUGGUACCGGGGUCGGGUUUCAACGGCCAAUUCCUCUUUGACAGGACGCUGUCGGUCGUGUAUGAGGAAAAUUCCCCGCCAGACGAGGACAUUUCCCUUCCCACGCUCUUGCGGUGCCUUACCAUCGGAUAUGCAUUCACAUUACGCCACACCACCCGCCCCAGUCUCCAAGUAAGCCACAUUCCCUCCAAUAAUCGUAUACACCCUAUAAUCUUAUACGCUCUAGAAUCGUAUACCCUCCCGAACGUGUUAAACCCCUGUCUAGAUCACAUCCAGCUUGCGGCCGUUUGCGACGAUCCCGUCCGAGUUUAUGCUGGACUCGACGCCGCGGGUGUUUCGGGUGUUUCCAAAUGGAGAAAGCAGCAUGGCGAGGCUGGCGGGGCUGUCCCAUGGCGAUUACAUUGCCACGUACUCGUUAAACACGGUGUCAUUGGACCUGUUUAGCUGGCCGAGAAGCGCAGACCGGUCGAUGGUGUCGAGGGUCUCGAUCGUCCUGGCGCGGAAUGGGACUGGAUUGACGGCAGUCGUGUCGGUGACGCACGCGGACGCGGCGCCGACCGUCGACUACGCCGCGCUUAAUGCCAGCCAACGGUACGCCACAUACGACAAGCUCCGGGAGACCCCAAGCGCGACCUUUCGCUUUGGCUACACGCGGUUGAAAUAGUGUGACACCGUUCUUGUGAAUUCGCGAUAAAACAACGCGUAGGUUGACUAAUAAGUAUGGAAACACGCUGGAGGUCAAUAUACUACAUGCCCU